CUACCAGACUCCAUUGACAAAAACAGGGAUUUAACCAGGAGCUGCUGGAAUACCACUGCCUCCAUCUGUUAGUGUCUCUUAGUUUCCAUCUUACCUGAAUCUAAACUUUACCAGCGCGCUGCUCUGUUGCUUUGUCUUUAUUGUUUUUUCUCUGUAAAGUAGGUUACAGUGCGUCUGACACCAGAACAGUUCUGCUCUGAACUGACCUCAGAUCAGAUCUGUCAGUCAUCUCCUCUGACAGCGGGAGUCUGAGCCAAGGCGCUUUUACGCACGAGUCAGUUCCUCUGGUUCGACCCAGCACUUUGUACAAAGCUCGACGUUGUUACGACGGGUGGCGCCGGAAGCUCGAGGAUCGGACCUUCAAAAUAAAGGCACCAAGAUAACAGUGAAACGCCAGUGCUCGUGCUGACACUCGUCAUCUGCAGGUGGACACGUUCAGACAGAUGUGCUCCGUCUGUAAUGAUAAUGCACGUGUUUAACCAGUUAUUGUUGUUAUUACACUGCUGUGCAGUAAACCCUCAGCCUGCUCACACACUGAUGUUAAAGGCUGCUUUGCUUUGCCCCAGUGGAUCAGCGUUAAACAGCCUCGUUCAUUAGUUCAGUCACGUGUUUCUGUUUCCUGUCUCUGACGCUCAGCUGCAGUCAUCUGUCGUCCUGUCCAUCUUCAGGCUUCUCUUCUCAAACCUCUGUGUUUAUUUUGAAUGCUGUGACCGGAAGUGCGCCACGUUAAGUCCGUCUGCCUUGACUCCUCUCUCUGUCCCGCAAGAUCCCGCAACUGGCAUGAGUUUAGGAUCCCUGAGUGGAAAAAAGAGGGGGAAUGAACAACACGCCGCCUGGAUUACGGUUGCUUAGGCCUCCUACGGUGAUAGGCCAGUUCCACACCUUGUUCUUCGGCUCGGUGCGGAUGUUCUUCCUGGGCGUUCUUGGCUUUGCCGUCUAUGGGAAUGAGGCGCUGCACUUCAGCUGCGACCCUGAUCGCCGAGAGCUCAACCUGUACUGCUACAACCAGUUCAGACCCAUAACACCUCAGGUCUUCUGGGCGUUACAGCUGGUAACAGUGCUUGUUCCUGGGGCAGUGUUCCACCUCUACGCAGCCUGUAAGAACAUUGACCAGGAGGAGAUCCUCGAACGACCCAUCUACACCGUCUUCUAUAUAAUUUCUGUUCUGCUACGCAUCAUUCUGGAAGUCAUCGCCUUCUGGCUUCAAAGCCACCUCUUUGGCUUCCAGGUCCACCCACUGUACAUGUGUGAUGCCAGUGCUUUGGAAAAGACCUUUAAUGUGACUAAGUGCAUGGUGCCCGAACACUUUGAAAAAACCAUCUUCCUCAGUGCCAUGUACACCUUCACUGUGAUCACCAUACUUCUCUGUAUUGCUGAGAUAUUUGAGAUACUCUGCCGGCGGCUCGGUUAUCUCAACAACCAAUGACAAAUACAUACGAGCACACAUGCACACAAAAAUGACUAAGGGUGAAAAUAUAUGACACUAUUUCUGCCAGUUUAUAUCAGGCUCUUUGUUAGUUACUGCUGGACUUUUAUAAAACAGGAAGCUAACAUAAGAGCGAAACCUCACCUGUGGUCCAUCGUGAGUGAGUUGCACAAAGAAAUGUGCGAUAAUGUCAGAGCUGGCAAGUCUGAAAUAUUGUCUAGGUGUUUUUUGCCCUUAAAUACAGAGUGAUCACCCCGAGUCGUAUUUCAGAUAUCAGUGGGUCUGUACUGGCUGUGUCCAGGGGUCUUGUAUGGACGUGAUGGCUAGAGAAUAUGUACCUCUGACUCUGAAUCGUUGGAGGAUGGAAUAGAAAGAUUUCUGGUUUUCUUUUUUCCACAAGAUGACUGAAAGAGAGGCGUCAGCUUCAUGGUGCUACUAAAAACUACGGUCAAAUUAGAGAACAAGGAAAGGCCAGUUGUCUUGAAAUCUGGUGGCCCAUAACAGUUUGAGGGUCCUUAAUGCCCUGCUCUUGGAGUUGUACCCAGUUGUACCUCAGAUGUGAUACUGAAGAAACACUCUGGAAGCAUUAGCUGUGCAUAUUUUUGCCAUUUGCUUAAGGACCUGGCGUGCACUAAAUGCAUCAAAGUUCAUCAAACCAACUUGAUGCAUUUUCUCUGGACUUUGUUCACUUGGAGUGCCAACAUUGGACCUACGCGGUUCUAUUUCAGGAGAUUUCUUAUGUUGCAGAAAGCUUUGAUGAAAACACAUAACGUCUCAUGUCAUGUAAUAACUGCCAACAAUGCAAAUGAUAUAGCAGGUCACAUAAUUCUGUAUAAAAGUGCAGAGAAAUGCUAUAGUCUAGCUUGUCUUUCAGGUGCUGAUCAAACAUGACAAGCAGACUAUAGGGCUGGCCAUGGAUCAUCACUUCUGUCAGUCUUAAGAAACUGUGAUUCAGUAACCUUACCCAUGGGCGAGUGAAUUGCAGGUGCCAUUGCUCCUGACACUUCCAUGUGUGACAGUUAUCGCUUCCAAUAUGUGCCUGUUAUUGCUUCCAGCCCAUUCUGACCUUAACUUCCAUUGACAUGAGUGCCACAACUUUGUUGUGGACCUUUGAUGGGGUUGUCAGCUUUUUUUGGUCUUGUAACAACCUUCAACUUGACCUGUAGAAUCGAGAAUGGCUAUCUCAAACAGGCCUACCAUCUCAGGCGCCAGAAAGACUCAGUUCUAUGAAAUGUAAGGCAUCUUUGGACAGCAGUGUAUCUUGACAAUGAUGCCGUCACUAAAAAUGGUUGAAAUGUAGUGUUUUACUCUUUGAGGAUAUAGAUCUUCACUAAGGAUACAAAAUUAAUAUAAAAUGGGUUUGAUGUAAUAAUAUGAAGAACAGCAAGGAAUGAAACGCUUCCUGUUAUAGACUUUGAAACUUGAACUAAAUUUAUAGUCUGAAGGAUCAAUGACUUACAGAAAAGAAAUAUUAAAAUUUGGGUUACAGAUGUGUUGGAAUGAAAUAUUGAAAAAUUGUAAUAGACAAGUUACAAUGUUUUUUGAAAAUCUGAAAAAAAAAUGCCAACAAGAAGUUGUACUGUACAAUUUUUGUUGAACAAAUUGGUUGACAUCCAAUAAUGAAUAGUUGGGAUAAGUUCUGGGUAAUGCCAUUGUUUCACAUUAUGGGCACUCAAUCCACUAAGGUGUCCCAACAUCCAGACUGAGACAGAUGAGGUCUGAGCUAGUGUUAAAAAUAUCACUGUCUAGUGUAGUUCUUAGCAGACAUGGACAAAAUCUGCAUAGACAUUUGAAGUUUUAAGAGUUUUAAGGCCCUAUUGGUCUCAAAUAUAUAUACAAUGUAAUAACUAUUCUUUUUAUAGCUGAAAAGAGAAACUAAAUGCUCAUUCAGUCCAAAUAUAGUUGCAACGAUGGUUGAGCCUGUGUCCAUGUCUGUUUCUCAACCAUUUUCCCCUACUUUGAAACUUAUCUUUAUAUCACUUUUGCCCAGCUUGUGGUAUUACACAAAACACAUAAUGUAAUUUUGCCUCUGUGUCAGUGUCAAUGAAUGUUGAAAAUGAUUACCUCUCAUGUUUUGUAAGGUUUGUUUUUUUUAAUCAGACAUCCAUCCAACUUUUGUUAUGAAGUUUUCAGCUAUCUGUUUAUCAUCUCAGGUACAAAAUUGCAUUACCAGACAAAAGUGGAUCAAACCCUCAUUUCAGAUCCUUUUAAACCACUAAAUAAGCUUUUCCAGCCCUGACCACUCCAGUUGAUCCUAACCUACAGUAUCAAAGGCCUGGUUAGUCUGACAGGGUUUAAGAGGAUUUGAAACAGGUGUGUGACUCCUGUGGUUUGGGUUCGUCUGCAUUCUGGUAUCUGUGAGUGAAGGAUGGUUUUAAAUUUUGCCUCUAAAAGUUCUGUCACAAAGACUUAAGCUUCGUUUACAUCAAAUAAAAAUGUAUAAUUCCACAUUUGUACUGUUCAGUUGAAGUAUGGGAGUGUGGCAUGUAAAAGGAUUUUAUCAAAUUUGGGGCCAUUUGGUGGAAUCAUGGCACUGACCCAGAAUUGCCAUAUUAUCCAUCAGCCUAGAGUCAGUCCAGCUUACACAAUUCAUUGCAGAGAGAAUGCUGAAAAUGCAAACUCACUGGAUGUUAGGCAGUCAGCAUUCUUAGCACAUGACUAAUGACCUGCCUUGUUUAUCUCUGGGUCUUGCCUGGUCACUCCAGCUUUUAAAACUCUUUAAGCUCUAGGAAAAUUAAAUAUGUAAAACCUUCAUGGGUUACAUAUCAUGGCAGUGAGAGUCCUUGUUGACAGUUGGAGGUGUCUUGUCAGUUGUUUGUCAUUGUUUUACCAAUGUCUCUUUUAUAAUGCUGGUCUGCGGGAAAAUGACUUUUUGGGCUGCAUGGAAUUUUGACGUUGCAGUACCAUGGGUGACCACUGGUGGAAAUUGGCAGUAAGAAUGAAUGUCGGCACUGUAUUCAACUGUAUUAAAAUAUCCAUGCUUUCUGGUGUGACCAGGUCAUUAUGCUAAUGCUGUUAGCAUUUGUAAUCUUGACUAAGUAGGCCAAGAGCUCACCAUUUAAAAUGUAUCAUUACACCACCAUACGGCUAUAUUUUGUUCAGGUUGGCCAAGAAUCAGUUUUCCUUUUUAAAUAAAGUUAUUCCAAAGGCUGAACGCAACGGGCUAAUCUUGGUUAAGAGCUUGUUCAAAAUUGUACAUGAAGCUGUGGUUACCUGUCUUAGAAUGAUUGACUUAUAUUUAGUGACUUGGAAAGGAGAUGGCAUAUUUUGACAAGUUUGAGUCAUUGAUAAGAUUCUGGUGAAUAAAGAUUGGAAUGUUUUUGGUCUAAUGCAGAACUAACAGAUAAACUCUUGUUCUUUUGAUGAAUUCAACUGUGCCACUGAGAACUAUUUACAAAGUCAAGGAGUACAUCUUUAAAAUGUCUUGAUGCUUCUUUUCACCACAAAUAUCAGGAAAAAUUGUGGAAAUUCAUCAUCUAUGAUGCAUCAUAGAGUACACGGCGUUGAAAAUUCAUCUUUGAUUUUUAGAUCUUUGAUUUUUACUGGUGUUAUAUGUUAGUUGUGAAAACUGAGCUAAGACUUGUUCAUAUUCAUCAGCUGUUGUCUGUUCUUGUGUUAAAUCAUUUUCUUCCCUUCACAAAUGUCUACAACCUCACAGCUAUGUCACAAAAAGAGGCACAGUUUAUGACCAACACACACAUAUUGAAACAAAACUGUCUGUCUGAAUGCUGCUGUUUACUGUAGGUAACCAGUGAAUCUCCUACAUGUUUUGUCUUGAGAUGAUUGAUUAAAAAUGUCCUACAA